AUGGAAUCUCAAAAACAAGAAAGAGAGGUGAAGAAGAUGAAGAGGGUCACUAAGAUCAUAGCCCUUGCAUCCAUUUUCUCUUUGAUACUAUCUUACUCUUCCUUAAUCUCUUCUCUUCAACAAAAACUCCAUUUGGCUUCCAUGCUUGUGGACAAGAAAUACAUGUUCUUGUUAUGCAAUGGCAUUGUGGCCUUUAUCAUGAGGAAUUUCGAAACCCUUUUGCACGGUAAUGCCAUUCACAUCGUUGAAGAAACUAAAGACGAGAAGAUCAAAGACAUGAGAAAAUCUGAAGUGAAGAAAGUAGUGGCACUACCCGGAGAACAAAGUGCUUCCAAAGAAGAAGAAGAAGAUGAAGAUGAAAGUGUUGGUCUUUUAAGAGGAGAAGAAGAAAAUACAUUGGCUAAUGUUGAGGAUGAUGAUGAUGAGGGUAUGUUAGUUCAAGAUCUAGCUCUCAUCAGAAUAGAUGAUGAUGAUGAUGACGAUUAUAGUUUGUUAAGUUCCGAAGAUUUGAACAAGAAAUGUGAGGAUUUCAUCAGGAAGGUGAAAGCUGAGAUCAGAAUCGAGUCUAGGAAGUUGACUAGUUUUUAG